AUGAUGAAUGAGAUCAACUCACUUUUAUGUAAUAAUUAUUAAAACAUUUGGAGUAUAAUCUCUUAAAAUCAACUUAAUUAUUAUGAUGGAAGAAGUGAUUAUUGUAGAUGUUGUGAAUCCCGUCAAUAAAGUUACUAUAGCAAUGUCAGAAUAGAGAGAUGAAAUAAUUUUUAAAGCCAUAGGUAUCUCUUUUAUAUAUUAGUUCUCAAACUGCAGCAGCUCCUAAUUAAUUUGA